CGAUUCCGCCGGUCUCGCGGCGGCUGCGCAACGUGUAAGAGGAGAAAACGGAAAUGUGAUGAGACCCGCCCGGCAUGCAUGGCCUGCCGUGCCAAGGGCAUUGAAUGCGAUGGCUACGACAUCCGCCUGCGAUGGGGCAGCGACAGCGUCGCCUCGGCCUCUCACCACGGCAGCCGCGCCUCCUCAAAGCCCAGCGGUGGGUCCGAACCGACCGUCAUAGGCACGCCCGAGAGCAAUGCAGGUGAGAGCAGCAUAGGCGACAACAACCACGGCGCCAACACCACCACCGGCGGCAGCGUCGCAGGUGGCAGCAUCACAGGUGGAAGCAUCACGGGCGGCAGCAUCAGGGCUCGCAGUCCUCCCACAGCACCGAGUGAGACCUCGCCUGCCUCACUGCCAUCAUACCAGUACGACGAGGCGUCGGUUGCUGCGCUGGGCAGCCCCGAAGCCAUAAUAAACGAGGAGACCCAGAUCGCAUUCCAACGAUUUCUCGAUAAAGGAAUUCACAACAUCUACUCGACCACUAUUCAUGAGUGGGUCAAGCCACUCAUCGCAGACGAGGCAAAGCCCUCCACUGCCCUGUUCAUCGUCUGCGCCAACCUGCAGAUAUUCCUCGAGGAUGGCCACUCAUUAAGAUUCCACCAACAAUUCGACCAGGCCCUGCGCACUUUCCAGGCAGAGCUUUCCGCCUGCAAUGGCAUCAUCAAGGCCAGGACAUUAGGUGCCGGCCUCCUCCUAUGCACCCUCUCAAUUCUGCGAGGUUUUCGCUGGACAACCCAUCUUCUCUGCACGGCUGACCUGUACAACCUGCACGGCGACCUCCAGAAUGUGGGCCCUGAUGCCGAUCGCUACACCCACCAUUGCUUCGAGGUCAUGGGGAUAAUGGAUCUUCCGAGCCUGGUUCUCGGCCGCACAACAGCACACCUCGGCUUCUGGCGCCGGUUCCGCAAGGCACAGCGGGGGUGGAUCAACUGCAAGGAAGAUGGCGUUGAGCCUGUCUCAGGCUUACCACGCCGCUUCCUCGACAUAUUCGCCCGCCUGGACGAGCCCGGCUGCGAACUGGAACUCUGGCUCUGGCCCGGAGAAGUCGGCGAGUUCGUCCAGAUGCACCUCUGGGACGCUUGGCGUUUCUCGGGCAUGCUAGAGCAUAGGAGGCGCUGGAGAGGCAAGCUAGGCGGUAUGAAGGAGCCUCCACCCGGGGUCAUCCUGCCAACCACGGAGCAGCUUGUCUUCCGCCUGAUGAGCUGUCUCGAGGCUGUACACCUAGGCCUCGAACAACCCGAGUAUGGGCAUUCGCUCGUGGGCAACAGCACGCUUUACCCCUUCGUCAUGGCCAGCCUGGAGUUCCAGGUCCUCGACGCCCAUCCCCAUUGGAGAAAGGAGCUCAGGCGAUUUCGGGACAAGAUUCUUAGCUGGGACCCGAGUCUGAACGCGAAGAUCCUUUUCGAAACGUUGGAAGAAGCAGAAAUGAGUGGUGAUCCUUCUUUUGAUGCAGACGCUGCUAUGAGAGCUCACGGCGCGGAAAUAGCCCUGUUCUGAUCGGAUUCCAACGACACCACCGACGAGUUCACCAGACUCCCUCAUAACCUCGCCAUGAUCCAAAGCCUUACCCCUUCAUCUGCCUCUGCAAAAGGGUCUACCAGGCGGACCUCGGUCACCACCUGGAAGCCAUAUUUCUUGUAGAACCCGACAUUUUUGCUAUCGGUGCACUCCAGGUACACCGGGUGGUCUGGAGGACAGAGACUCAGGAGAUGCUUCACCAUUUGGGAACCGAGUCUCCUCUUCUGGCACGACGGAUCGACCGCGACGACUUCUAUAUACCAUGCCGGCUUACUUGCGAUAUUCUGCACCAUCAUUUUGCUCCCAAGAUGGUUGGUCAUGAACAUUUCAACCCUCUGGCCAAUCAAUCAGCUCGAUUCGGUUGCUAGAAGUCAUCUUGGGCAUUACAAACCUUCGGGUUCCCGUCAUUUUCAUCCUCUUUUGGACGAAAGUAUCCAAGGGCAGCCCGGGGUAAGCCCACCGGCAAAGACCAAAUGCGGUACAGCCAAUUUUGGUCGAGUGGUGGGUGGAGGAUUCCCACGGCCGCGCAAUCAUCUGUCGACUUGCCCUGGUUGUCUCCCCCAGGUUCCGGGUCUACGGCGACGUAGAUUUCUCCGUCCAACAGGACCCGUUGAACUCUUCUUCGCUGCCAUGACAGUGACCUGACAUCUAGAGCCCCCCAAGGCGUUGCAUUUGGGCGCAACCAUCGUGUAAGAGGAUCGUCAGAGAAGCUAUUCAGGAUUUAGUCGGAGCGUGGCUGCCGUGGUCAUGACGGUAGAGGGAUCUUACGCUCUGCAUAGUGUCGUGGCGACUGCUUGCACACGAUUACUGUCGCCUACAAAUCAGUUGUCAGUUACUGCAGCCUAGAGUUCCUGCUUAGCGCUGAAUAAUUACCAUGCAGCGUUGCGCUUUGAGCUCUAGAUAUACGUACCUCCGCUGAGCUUGAUGAUCUCGGCAUGCGCCAUGACUAGCACUUGCGCACCAUUGCAUGGAAGCGACGAGCCUCAUUGUACUUUUUUCACCUUUAUAUCCUUGAGGCUUGCCCUGC